AUGGUUGAUGCUUUAGCUUUGAUCCAAAUCCCUUCCUCGGGAAGAAAAUUUACUUGGGCUAAUAACCGAAGAAGGGGUAAUGUUGCUGCGGUUCUUGAUAGAACUUUUGUGAAUGAAGAGUGGAUGAAGAUCUUUGACGAUUGCAUUCAAAAGGUGCUGAUUCGUGUUGCAUCAGACCAUGCUCCCCUGAUGGCUUGCUCAGUUUCUUCUAUUAAGCCCAAAAACUACCCUUUGAGGCUAAAUUCUUUUUGGAUGGAUCACCAUCAAUUUUUAGAUGUGAUAAAAGAAGCUUGGCAUAAUAACUUCUCAGGAUCUCCCCCUUUCAUCCUUGCGCAGAAGCUGAAGGCUCUAAAGCCUAUUAUUAAAUCUUGGUCUAGGGAAGCCUUCCCUAAUCUGGAUCAGGAGGUGAUUACUUCCAAGGCUGAGCUAGAGAACAUUCAGAGAAGCAUUGAGGAGGAUGGCCUCACUGAGCAGCUCUUUGAUCAGGAAGCCGAUGCCAAGACCAAAUAUUGGAAAGCAAUGGAAAACCAGGAGAAAUUGUGGCUUCAAAAAUCUAGGGUAAGAUGGCUUAAGGAAGGGGACAGGUGUUCUAGAUUUUUUCAUGUCAUGACCAGAAUCAAGAGAUCCAAAAACACUAUUAGAUGCAUCACUACUGAGGAUGGAGUUGAUAUUAGUGAUCGAGAUCAGAUGGGAUCCUAUUUGGCAAAAUUUUAUGAGACAUUUCACAAGAAAGUAGACCUGGAGGAUCACCCCCAGAUUUUUAACUGCAUUCCCAAAAUUCUUCAGGAUUCGGACCAAGUGAUGCUGGAUGCCAUUCCCUCUGAAGAGGAGAUAAAGAGAGUGGUGUGGGACCUCGAUCCGGAUAGCUCUCCAGGACCUGAUGGCUUCACUGGAGUGUUCUUCAGAAAAUGUUGGGAUAUAAUCCAUGACGAUGUCUACAGAGCUGUCAAGGGUUUUUUUUUCAUCAGUAUUUUGCCAAAAAUUAUUUUGCAAGAGCAGGGAGCCUUUCAGAAAGGGAAGCUUAUUCAGACUAAUAUCUGUCUAGCUUCAGAAUUGGCAAACUUAAUAGGGCAGACCUCUAGAGGAGGCAAUCUUGGACUCAAGUCGGCCAGGAUUUCAGUGCUCCUGAAUGGCGAUCCUGUGGGUUUUUUCGAAGUCAGCAGAGGGCUUCGUCAAGGAGAUCCCAUCUCCCCCAUCCUAUUUAUUAUUGCCGAAGAGGUUCUCUGUCAUGGCAUGAGUGACUUAGCUACUAAAUCUCAUAUAAAGCCUCUAUCGGGUCCUCGUGGUGCUGAUGUCCCUACACAUCUCUUAUUCGCCGAUGACGUCUUCAUUUUCAUAAAUGCUUCUAAGAGGAAGCAGUGGAUUGCAGAAGAGUUGGAAAUUCCUUGCUACAACUUCCCAACAAAAUACCUGGGCGUUGAGAUCUUCCAAGGCCGAGUGAAAAGAGACCCCCUUCUCCCUGUUAUGGACAAAAUUAAAGCCAAGCUAGCUGGCUGGAAGGGGAAACUUUUGUCCAUGGCAGGGACAGUUGAACUUGUAAAGUCUGUCAUCUCUGGAAUAACUCUGCACAACUUUUCAGUUUACUGGUGGCCUUCUCCCUUAAUCAGGAAUCUUGAAAAGUGGAUGAGGAAUUUUAUAUGGACUGGUGAGAUAGACUCUUCUAAGGCUACCACUGUCAAAUGGGAUACAAUUUGUAAACCCAAGGAAGAGGGGGGUCUUGGCAUCAGAAGGCUGCGUGAGGUUAAUAUGACUUUAAUUGCCAAACUAGCAUGGUCAAUCAAGGCAGAAGAUUCCCAACUGAGCAGUCUGCUUCGAGCAAGGUUUUUAUUUCAUUCAGGCCUUCCUAAACGCUCUUAUAGGCGCUCUUCCAUUUGGCCGGAUAUAAGAAGAAUGUGGAAAUUUAUUUCAGACAAUGAGAGAUGGAUCAUUGGCAGCGGAAGAAAAAUAAAUUUCUGGAACGAUAAUUGGCUUGGGCCUAAACCCAUAGCAGUUCUCUCUGAGUUGAAUGAAGAGCUUUUCUCAAACCUUAAUCAAACUGUGGCUGACUUUAUUGUUGAUGGGUCUUGGGUGCUGCCUCCAGUGCAAUCUGAUUUUCUUGCAGAAAUUUUUCAAAGGAUAGAGGCCGUCAAGCUACCCUAUCUCCCUAUGGAGGACAGAUGCGUGUGGAGCAUGGACUCUAUGGGGACCUUCUCAGUCAAUUCAGCAUGGAACAGCUUGAGUGUCCCUCAGUCAGCUCUAACAGAAAAUUGUGUGGGUGUUUCAGAUCCUGAUCCAAGAGAUCAAACAGAAGCAUCCAGUCAGAGGGAUGCUAAAAUGCCUACCUCCCAAGGCCUUCUUGAAAUUGAAGUUAUUCAUGAUGCUGUUCAUAACUUUGGGUCAUAA